GCUGUGGACCCGGGAUAAAUGGCAAGUUUCUGUACCUGUUUUGUGCACAGUGUGCACAAAGGUCAUGAACCACACGUGUUUAUGUUGACACUGAUUAGCGCCCCCUAUUGAAUGACCUUGACUUGUUACGGUUAUUCAUAUGUAUUAAGGGCACGCCCAUUGAUCUUGUGACAAUUGACCAUCAAAAUGGGUGCGUUGGGAAAGCAGUUUUUGAUGGUUUGGCAGCUUAUUCUGGUGUUUUUUUGCUCAAGAUUAUUUGUGAUCUGCUCAGCGAGUGUGCUCCGUAGCUGGUUGGACGCUCCAGAGUUGACCUUGCAACUCAGGGACGGCUCAACUGAUUCAGUAGGACGGCUUGAAAUCGAAUACUACCGGACGUACUCUACAUCAACAACAACAACGUAUAAAUGGUUUGGUACGAUAUGCGAUCACAACUUCCGUCUUGAGGAAGCGACAGUAGCAUGCCGUCAACUCGGGUACCAAUACGCCGAAACGAGAACGACGCCCUACUUUGACUCAAAUGGUUACUUAGAUUUGAUCCUACAAGAAGUGAACUGCAAUGGGAAUGAAGAUAGACUCACGGACUGUUACUACGUCAUUGACGAAGGGAUGACGACAUGUGGCAAAAGUAACGAGGUCGGGAUUGCAUGCACCAAUGAGAAGCCUUCAAGCAUGUCACCUGAUGCCAGCCCGGGAGAUAUACGACUGGUUGGAGGUUCGAAUCCCUACGAAGGUCGUCUAGAGGUGUUCUUGGCUGGAACUGAAGAGUGGGCCACCGUCUGUAGCGAGCAUUGGGACUUCAUAAGGGCUGAGCAAGUCUGUGAGAAGCUUGGGUACCGUCCUGCUACAUCGAUCGGGACAACACCCUCGGGCGAAGCGGGGACGGGUCCGGUUACAAGCUGUCUACAGACUGACAGGUAUCUGAAUACUACGCAAUGUCAGAGCAGUCAACUCUGCAGCGAGAGUGUAGGUGUAGAGAUAGUCUGCAGCGGCAGAGAGCCAGGUCGACAGGAUGAGGUCAGACUAGUCGGUGAUUCAGCUGAAACUGAAGGACGAGUCGAGUUCUUCGACCAAAACACUUGGAAGACGCUGUGCUCGGAUGACUGGGGGUUUGAAGAGGUUCGAGCAACUUGUCGACAGCUUGGUCUGCCAGAACCCUCGGCAGCUGUACCGUCAGGAGGGUUGUUCGGGGACGGGUCCGGUUACAAGCAGAGUAGUGUCGCAUGCACGGGUUUAGAGCUAAAUCUUCAAAGUUGUUCUUGGACAUUGAGUACUUCGUGUAGAAACGGUGGUGCUAGUGCUCGAUGUGGCACCAUAGUCAACAAGGAAGUGCAAGAGUUUGACCUUCGUCUCAACGAUGGGCAGACAAGUCUAGAAGGUCGUCUGGAAAUGUUCUACCAAGGGGAGUGGGGAGCAGUCUGUGACAGCAACUUCAACAUGGAGGAGGCAACAGUAGCUUGCCGUCAUUUGGGAUUCCAGUCGGCAGAUCGGCAAAAACGUUUUAGCGAAACCUACAACGACUAUUUUCUGAACAUGGUCAACUGCAACGGGGAUGAGUUGAAUCUUCUAGACUGCUACCAUGUCGUGAAUGAUUUUGCAUGUCACGUCAAUAAGGAAGUUGGUCUCGUCUGUUCUAAUCUCCCUGCUAUUAGUAUGCCUUCCUAUCCCUCGCUUGGUGACCUUCAACUUGUAGGAGGAUCGACCCCGUACGAAGGUCGGGUUCAAGUCUUCAUUGGAGGUUGGUCGACUGUCUGCGGGGACGGCAUAGACUUCAGUUGGGCCGAACAAGCUUGUCAGAAACUUGGGUUCCGUCCUGCUUCCUCUGUGGGUAGCGGUCGCUAUGGGACGGGUAGUGGCCCCCUUGCAAGAUGUCCAGCAGGGGUCGACGGAUUUGACACGGAGAACUGUCAAGAGAUCACUAGCAUUGACCCUACAUGUACUCACAGCACAGAUGUAGAUAUUGUUUGUAACGGGGUUGAUAAAGGUCGACAGGGUCAGGUCAGACUUGUCGACGGAUCGAUUGAAACCGAAGGACAAGUUGAGUUCUUCGACAAAAACACUUGGAAGACGCUGUGCUCGGAUGACUGGGGGAUUGAAGAGGUCCAGUCAACUUGUAGACAGCUUGGGCUGCCGGAACCCUCCUCAGCAGUACCGCCAGGAGGGUCAUUCGGGAGGAAUGGAGCAGGCGACACGUUGCCGAAUAGUAUCAUAUGUACUGGUCAAGAGCUCACUCUUCAAAAUUGUUUUUGGACGGCAAGAGCUAUGCCGUGUUCCACCGGUGGUGCCGGUGCUCAAUGUGGUAUGAGACCAGCAGCCGUGGAAUUUGAUCUGCGAUUGGCUAAUGGCAGUUCCAUCACGGAGGGCCGUGUCGAGAUGCUUUACCAGGGCGAGUGGGGAAGCAUUUGUAAACCAAGCGUCAAGAACCUGGAAGCAACAUUCAUCUGUAAUCAACUUGGCUUUCAAUAUUCUGACGGGAUAAAGUCAUUUGGUAGAGGAAGCGGGGAGGUGCUCGUCAGCGGGUUAAACUGCAACGGGAAUGAAGGGAGUAUUUUAGAGUGCUAUCACAAAUUAGAUGACUCCGAGUGCGCCCAGUACAGAUAUGAUCUCGGUGUCAUCUGCUCGAAUCUUCCCCCAUUGACGGAAGAGGCUGGGGUUACUGUUGGAGACUUGCGACUAUCAGGAGGUCCCAGCCUCUACGAAGGCCGAGUGGAAAUGUACAUUUCAGACGUCAUAGGUUGGGCAACCGUCUGUGAGAAAAAUGUUGACUUCGGUUGGGCCGUGCGAGCCUGUCAGAAACUUGAGUAUCGUCCAGCUACAUCAUUUGGUACGAUGCGCAACACUACUGGCGGCGGACCAAUCGUCCUCUGCGAUGGAGGACUGGCAGCUGAAUACUGUCAAGUCGUAAACCAGACGGAUCCAACUGUUUCUUGUAAUCACAUGAGGGACGUUCAUGUUGUCUGCGAUGGCUAUGACACUGGUAGCUUUGGAGACAUCCGACUACAGAACGGAACGGAACCGACCGAAGGGAGCGUUGAGAUAUUCUACGAGAAUGUUUGGCGGAGAGUUUGCGCAGAUGACUGGGGCUUUGAAGAAGCCAAGACUGCCUGUUACCAGCUCGGUAUGCCGGUACCGAACAACACAGUACCAGGAGGGACGUUCAGUGGUAACCCAAACAGGGACUUCGUCUCGCAGAAAUUUAACUGCUUUGCACUACGACCUCUGGAGCGCUAUCGGCGAGUUAACUUUUGCCCUUUGACCCGGCGUGAGACACCGUGCAGCGCGGGUGAUGCUGCUGUUCAGUGUGGCAUAUGGAGUGAUGCCAAAGAAGGAGAUAUUCGCUUAAAUGGUGGAGCAGUCAACUCCAUCGGACGUGUUGAAAUUUUUCAUGCUGACCAGUGGGGGGCUAUCUGCCACGGUGACACUUUGCGCAAAGAAGACACUGUCGCCUGUCGUCAGUUGGGCUUUCUGUCGUCGCGCUCGUACCCUUACAACAUCAGCUACUAUCUUCCUACGCUGCCUGUUUUGCUAAAAAUAGAAGAAUGUACCGGAAAAGAGGAAAAUGUGACUGAGUGCGCAACUGGAUUCGUUGAAGACCGCCCUUUUUGUGAGGGUCCUUAUUGCUGUACUUUUUUCCUCAAGGUUCAUUGCGACCCCCGACCCAGGGUACAGAGCUUUGAGGUGAGUCUAGUAAACGGACCCUAUCCAAACCAAGGCACAGUCCAAGUGAUGUUUGACGGAUUCAAGGGCGCAAUAUGCCAUUAUGACUGGGACGAAUCGGAGGGUGAAGUCAUCUGUCGGCAGCUUGGGUACCAGUCUCUUGUUGUUGCCAUACCCGGCUGGGACGCUAAGGAUCUGUAUAGUUACGCAGAGGAGGACUUCUUGAUUCGAGACUUGGAGUGCGAGGGGACGGAGGGGAAUCUUGCUGAUUGUUAUUAUCGUAUCCCUGGCGACGGUAUCUGCAGUGGGUUCUCUGGAAACCAGGCUGCCGUGGUGUGCUACAGUGAUGAGUACCCAAGUGUUGACCCAAGACCAACAGAGAGGAGUCCAGAAUCUACAAGAACUCAAAACAUCAUUAUCGGGGUCGUCGUCGCAGUUGUUGUCUUUCUACUACUGUGCUUCGCAUGCCAUAAGAUGAAUAGGAAGCAUGGAGAAAAUACAAUAAUGACGCGUACAUCGUCUAGGAACCCGUAUCAACCGGUAAACACCCAAGUCACACAAGAUCUACCGCCACACUACAAUGACGUGACCAAUUCCCCUGACUCGUACCCUGUAGUAGCCAGUGGAUCAUCGCUAGGUUCCGAUUCGAGCACCACGGUCGAACAGACAGCAGUCUAGCCUCAACAUCUGACGUCACACCAAGGCUUGUGAAUUACACCAGAGAUCUGCCGUUGAGCCUACCUACAUAAUGACCUUUGACCUCACAUCAUUUUACAUGGCUUUCAUGGUCUUGGAGAUUCCCAGUUAAAAUUGAUGUACAUGUGAAUACAUAUAAGCCAAUACAUGUCCUUUAUCAGAGCAAGAUAAAUGGGCAGACAUCAUUUCUAGCCUGAGCAUCUGACGUCAAAAUGCUAAUUGUUUGGUUAUAAUUAUAGUUUAAGCCAUCAAUUUGUACAUUUUAAAUUGUCUAUUUACUCAUUUAAAUUCUCAAAGCUAUGCACAAAGUUACACACAACUUUCACGUUUUUAGUUAACAGGGACAACCAAAACCUGCAAACAUUCCAAACACUUUGAAAUAAUUGUUAUGGAAAAUUUUAUAUAUUUUGUGAUUUUUUUAUGAGCCACACCUCCUGCCAUGCUCUUGAGCUUGCCAAACUAAUUUUAAAUACUUAUUUUGUAUAGAUUCAAUUAAGUUAUAAGAUAACUUUCAUUUAAAUAAUUAAUAGAAAUCCAGCACAACCAAUGAUUGUUUAUUAAAAACGAAUUUAAAUGAAUUUACUGCAGUAACAUUUCUCAGGUAGUGCAGUCUUUAUAGGGAUUAUUCUUUCUGCAUGAAAAUGUUCGCUCCAGAUGUUUUGCUGAUUUUUAAAAUGAAACUUGUACAUGAACAAGAUGGCGAUAGCAUGAUGGUAUAUUAUCAGGCAUACUUAUUGCCAGAAUAAUAACAAUAGUAAUAGUGCCCAUUUUUAAUGCGCCAUGUCUGUCUAAAAGACACUCCUGGCGCAGGAUAGAAGAAUAAGCAAGUGUGCCUACAAUGAGUAACAGAGAUUUAAACAGCUACCAGAGCGGAAUGUUUUUAACUUAAAUUUUAUUUUUACUUGUUUAUAAUGCACUUGUUCACUAUUUCAAUGUAAUUUUGAUAUGUGUACACUUCUGAUUUUUUCAUAAUUAUUGUUUUAAAAAUCAGGGCCCAACGUAGAGGUUUUGAAAGACUAAAAACACUUGACAAUGCCGCUGACGUCAUGUGUGGGAGUUUGCUUUGUUAUACCUCCACGCUGCAACAAAGCGGCUUUACAAAUUAAAACUCGCAAUAAAGACAUUUUGAGAGUGAUUAGGUAACGUAACAAAAGCGCUGAAUAAGGGUAUUGAAAAGGAUUGUUUUUUUUACACAAUUAAAAUCUAUUUAUAAUCAUAUGACUCGAUUUCCUUUUUUAUUGAAAACAUUUCA